GCUGGCUCGUUGCACAUGGCACAACAACAAACAUGAUGGCCGUCGAACCAUCGGAUGCUGAAAUCAAGUCUGCUUUGGCAGACAUUUUACGCGAUGGUGAACUCUCCCAGCUAACGUCGAGAAUUGUUCGCCGUCAACUGGAAGAUAAGUUUGGCGUGAGCUUUCUUGCCCGGAAGAAAGAAAUUGAUGCAAUGUUGAUGGAUAUGAUUGAAACGUCAAGAGAAGUAGAAGAUGACAAAGAACAGGAAAAUGGAACCUCUGAAAUAAAUGGAGUGACACAGGAAGAAGAUGACAAGGAAGAUGAGGAAUCAUUAGAGGAUGAUGAACCAUCACCAAAGAAAAAGAAAAGGGUUAACAAUAAGGAAACUCAUGUUUUAGAUGAUGAAGAACUGGCACGCAAGCUUCAUGAAGAUGAGAAGAAUUUGCGAUCAAGAAGACACACUGCAAAGAGACCAGUGGAAAGGAGAAAGACAGCAAAAGCCAAGAAACCCAAAGAAAGUGGUGGAGUGACAGGGUUUAAAAGGAUAAUGGUGUUGUCACCACAACUUGCAGAAGUUGUAGGUGAAGAAAAGAUGACCAGAAGUGAUGUUGUGAAGAAAAUGUGGGAAAUUAUUAAGGAAAGAAAACUAGAGGAUCCUAAGAAUAAAAGAUUUACGCUAUGUGAUGAACAACUGCAACAAGUUUUUGGUCGCAAGAGGAUACAAACAUUUGGAAUGAUGAAAUAUUUAACAAAACACAUCAUCGAUCCUGAUAAAAUUUCUCAAAGUGCAAUGUAAGGAUUGAAGCAAGCAACUGAGACAUUGUGACCUCUCUGGAGACAAACUCUGCCCAAGAUCAAUAAUUUAUAACAAAUUCUAGUAGGAGCUUUUAAAAGCAAAUGGUUUUGUUUGUAUUUGUGUACAGUAUCUUGAUUUUUUUUUUCUCAAGGUUGCUUUGUUGCAUUAAACUACAGUUCAUAUCA